GCCCGUUUGCAUGCCACAAACAAAUGGCAGCAAGGCGCACGAGCAGCAGGAGGUGGUGGUGGGUGGAGAGAAGGCGGAGAAUGGGGCGUCCAGUGGCGAUGUAUCAAUGGAUCAGCAGGUCGCUCUAUUGGACCCUGAGGGAGCAAGCCUGCACGAGGCCAUCAAGCACCACGUGGCGCAGCGCCAUUCGCCCUUCUCGUUCUCCCAGUGGCUGGGCCAACAGCUGGCGUCGUGGAUGCGUGUGGAGCUCCACGACCCGCUGGAGAACGAAUGUGUUAGUCUGGAGCGGGCAGAGCAAGAGCGCGAUGAGUGUUGUGAGGAGCAGCAGUGUGUGAGAAGAGAGGGCGAUGGAGGAAAGGGUCGAGAGCAGGGGAUGCAGGGAGUGGAGGACCAAGGAAGGCGAGGCGGCAGCGAUGCUGCUGCUGCUGCACCUGCCGCCUGCUGUCUUGGCUUUGAAAGGCUGGUGCUUUCGUGCCAACAGACCAGCUCUGAAUCCAACAAGAGAGGGCUUCUAGGUAAUGAGGCAGGCUCAAGUAGCUGGGCAGACACGGGGGCUGCUGGAGUGGAUGCAGGAGCUGCAGUGGGCGCAGGGGCUGUACUGGAUAAUACAGGGAGAGAAGGCUGUGGGCGCGAGGCAGACCAGCCUGUUGCUUCGGGCGAGGGGAGCAGGAGCAGGGGCAGCAGCAGCAGCAGUGUGGGUGGGGUGAGAGGCAGGAAAGACAGGCAGCCAUGGGAUAUGCUGUGGGAAGGGGGCGUGCGCAGGUGGAUGAGAAUUCUUUUGUGGUUGUUGGUGGUGGUGGGGGGGCUUUGCGUGCUAUUCGCAGUGUCUGCACUGCAUCAUUUUUUCCUGCUGAAGAAUUAUCAACACCCCGAUGGUGGUGCUGGCAAGGGGACCCUGCGGCAGCAAUUGCUGUCCAUGGCGGUGCGUAGGAGUGUUCCCUUUAGGGGGUAUUCUUGGAAGGCUCUGGUGCGGACUCGAUGGGUGGAAGCAGCAGCAGAGAUUUCUUCAGCAGGGAGCAGCUGGGAUGUUGGAGGAGCGGCAACAGCUGCCGCAGCAGAUGGCGCAUUGUAUGAAACUGCAGCAGCAAGAGCAACAGCAGGAGGUUUACUGAACCCGAUACAGCAGUCUGUGCUGUUGUGCUGGGCUGUAGGCUCUUUCAUCCUCGUAUUUCUCCUGGCGUUUCAAUUGCUGGGCUCAGCCAGGGCCACAGCUGCUCGUGCUGAGGCGGCAGCCAGGUGGUUGAAGGCAGCUGCAGAGCGGUUGAGAGCGGUGGCGGUGUGGGUGAUAGCAGCGGCUGUGUGGGUGGGGAAAACGGCAAGCUUGAUCGUGGGUGUGAGUCUGGGGGGUGGGAGAGGAGGGGAGGUUUGGAGGGAGGGUGGGUUGGAGCAGUGGUGGGAGGUGAGUGGGCUGGCAUUGUGGCUGGAAAGGGGUGUGGGAGAGAAGGUGGGAGGUAAGGGUCAUGAGGUGGGAGGGAAGUGGGAGGAAGAGGGAGAGGAGAGGGAAGGUGUGGAAGAUGAGGGUUUGGCUUAUGGGGUUAUGAGGGGAAAGGGAAAUUUUGACGCGGAGAGUGGUGAAGGGACGGGUGGGAAGGGAGGGGAGGGUGAGGACGAGGAUGGGGAGGAUGAGGAGGAAGAGAAUGAGGAGGAAGAGGAUGAGGUGGAGGAGGUUGGGAAGGAGGAGGAGCAAGGGGGGGAUAAAGGAGGAAAAGUAGAGGAAGUAGAGGAGGAAGGUGGUGAAGGGAGGGAGGAGACAGGGGAAACCAAGAAGCCAAAACGGCCCCUUUUAGAAGCAACCAGGCCGGCCAACAACUCGUUCCAGUCCACAUCAUCCCUGCUCCCUUCCCCCUUCAAUCACCCCAGCUCCUUCCCAACAACCACCAAGGUCUUUCCUAAUAAGCUCUUCCUGAUCGACCCAUUCAGAGGGUCCGUAGUGCUGCAGUAUUCCCGGGACUGGGCUGUGCAGCACACAGCAGUGUGCCUCCAUCAGUCUGUCAUGGUCCGUGUGAGAGGCCUGCCGGACCUCCUCCCCUUGGCGUCUGCUGCUGCUGUGCUCCUCCAACCCUCUCCACCUGCUCCCUCUCCGCCUGCUCCCUCUCCACCUGCCCCCUCUCCACCUGCUCCCUCUCCACCUGCUCCCUCUCCACCUGCUCCCUCUCCACCUGCUCCCUCUCCACCUGCUCCCUCUCCGCCUGCUCCGUCCCUGCCUGCCUUGCCUGCUGGACCUGCCCCCUCCUCCGCCCAUCAGGGAGCGGAGAUUGUUUGGGAUGGGUUAGAGGGAAGCAGAAGCGGUGGGUGGGAGGUAAGAGCGGCUGGGUUAGACAUGGUGGUGGGACUGGUAGGAGCGGUGGGAGCAGUGGGAGCAGUGGGAGCGGGGAUGCCUUCUGUGGUUCUUGACUCCUGUGGCAAAGGAGACUGUGAUGCUGCUGGUAGUGCCCCUGCUGGUGGUGAUGAUGAGGCGGGAUGGGGUGAUGCAGAUGCAGACGCACUGCAUGUGUCGGUGUCAGGAGUGCGAGCAGCCAUGUUGUCGCUGCCAUCAGGUGGUUUCCAGUGCAACGCUGAGGUGCAUACAGUGCACGGCUGCAUGUGCUCUUCCUCACACACGUGCUCUGCCCCACACGCAUCCUCCAACUCACACAAGAGCAUGGUGCCUUUCUUGAGCCUGUCUGCCCGGGAAGGACUAAGAUCGAUGGGUACUGAGAUGAAGGGGGAUGGUGGCAACGAGGAGGGUGGUGGAGGAGGGGCAGACACAGAGGCUGAUUCAGCUACGGAGGAGAAAUCAAGAAGCUUGGUCUCCUAUCUGAUUCGCUGCCUCCUGCUCACUCCACUGCCUCGCCUUCUGCACCUGCGCCUGUCAGACGAAGACGAAGCUUCCAGAGGGCUUAUCGCUCCUCCACUGCUGCCGCCUCCGUUCGCCCUCGCAGACGCAGCACCGGCAGCGGCAGCAGCAGUGUGGGGGUCGGUGAGCAGGGAGGAGGAGGCGACGGAGAGAGUGCGGGUGAAGGCAGAACCACAGGAAGCAGCAGCUGGUUCACGCGUUGGUGCCAGCAACUCUGCUGUUCUCGAAAACACCGGAAGUGGAAGUGCAGCCAAUCAGGAGCCGUUUCUGUCGUUCCAGAUGGUCGCCCCUGCUCCUGCCUCCACGAGACCGGACAGGCCAGUGGAGGUCCACGUGGCAGCUGGUGAUUCGCUCCUGGCUUUGAGUCCCGAUCUGAUUGGCGCAUUCGUGGCGUUGGGAAAGCUACUCGUGCAGGUGUCCGAGAUGAGUAGAGGCAAAGGGAGUGGUUGUGAGGGAAGCAGCAGUGGGGGGAGCAGCAGCGAGGGGGGCAGGAGUGGGGGGAGUGUGGGAAAGGAUAUUAGCAAGGAUAGGGACAGGAGCAGCAGAGAAAGCAGUAUAUGCCCAGUGGAAGGCAAAGACGCGAUCAGUGUGAAGCACCCGACUAUUGAUGAUUUUCCCACGGGUGUUGCACAUACCAGUAAUGACAGACACAACAAGCACAUCGCUUGCUGUAACCAUCCCAGCAGCCUGGACAGCUUGUUUGCAGCUCUGCGGUCGGCUCUAGGCGGAAUCAUCCCGGGUGCAUUGUGGCAUGUGGACGCGACAAGUGGCAGGCUGUGGUUGGCUGUUGGAGUUCAGGCUGACGUGGCAGCGGCGGCAGCAGCUGCAGCUGUUUCUGGGUUGACCUGUAGCAGCAGCAAGGAGGAAAGCACUGGUGGCCGGGCAGGCAUGUCUGGUGGCUUUCCCAUAGGGGGAGAAGGUGUGUCAGGUGUGAGAGGGGGUAUGGAUGCAGAGGUCUCCACAGAGGGGGUGUUUCUGACCAGGGCUGUAGUGGGAAGAGAAGCGCCAGAGGCAGUGAGAGAACGUGUAGGAGGAGCAGCAGAAGGAGCAGCAGAGGAAGCAGCAGAGGGAGCAGCAGAGGCAGCAGAGACACCGCAGGAAGAUCGUGUGACUGCAGUGGGUGUGGGUGCAGAAAGGGAUGAGGCAGCAGUUGAUGAGAUUAAUGGGUUGCAAUCACAUGGGAGUAGACAAAGGCAGAGGGGACCGUGGAAGAGGAAGAGUGGGGAGUGUGAUGCGGUGACGAGGAGUGUCUCUGUGUGGACUGUGGUGCUGGCUCCAACUCAACUCAGCGUGCUUGCCUCCUUGUACCGAUGCCAGACCACCACUUUAAUCACGUCCGAUACAAUCACAUCUGCAGCUGCUCUGAUCCGAGUUCCUGCUGUAGCAGCUUUGGUGCCAGCCACCAUCAUCCACGCACUUCCACUGAUCGCCUCUCUUUCUGCUGCUCUCUGCGCCACAGUACCCUUCACUGUCGUGUCUGUGCCAGCUAGGACGCUUCCAGACGUGCUGAGCUGUCCCUUGACACGUGGCACAGGGGAGGAGGAAGGGGGAGCAGCAGAGAAGCAUGAGGGGGAGUUGCAGGCCGGGCAGGAGGACAAUGAAAAGGAACAGGAGAAAGAGGAAAAGAAUAGCUGGUGGGGUGUGGGACGGGAAAGAGCAGAGGGAAGGCGUGUGGGUGAUGAAGUGCCGUUCAGCAGGAGAAGUAGCGAGCAGAUGAGGGGUAAAUGGGGAGCUAUGGACGGCGUUAGGCUGUCUAGAAAGGAGUGCGGUGAGGGUGGUAGGCUCCCUGAGGGAGAAAUGCGCUUGGAGUGGGGGAAGAAGCGGUGGGGGAAAGCUUUUGAGGCGCCCCAAAAGGAGUGGGGGAAAGCUGAUGGGGUAGGAGGAGGUGUGCUUGUGAGGCAGCUUACACGAGACAGAGACAGUAUGCGAGGAGUGGGACUUGGGGAGACAAGGGGCGAAGGGGCCGGGGCAAGUGAGCAUGGUGGGGGGCGAGGGCGACUGCAUCGAACGACCUCCGAACAGCUGUGGAUGGUGCGAGGGAGAGGGCUUGCGGGUAAGGUGGCGCAGGUGGAUGCUGGAGUGCAGAACGGUGACGAGGAGUGGAGAGGUGAGGAGGAGGAUGGCCGAGGAGAAGGGGAUGAUGGCGAUGGUGGGUAUGGAAGCUCCUCUGGGCAUGGGGAGGAUGGGAGGCAUGGGGAGGAGGAUGGGAGGGAUGGGGAGGAGGAUGGGAGGGAUGGGGAGGAGGAUGGGAGGGAUGGGGAGGAGGAUGGGAGGGAUGGGGAUGAUAGGAGGGCUGAGACACGCAGUGUGGGAGACAUGUCAGAGCAGGUGAAUCACAGAAGGUGGAAGGGUUGGUGGAAAGCCCUGGGACUGAUUCGAGGAGGGAAGAAAGAUGGGGUGCAGAGAGGAAGGGUAGAGCAAGAGGAGGCGAGGCGAAGAAGGGCGAGGGAUGGGAGCGCAGGCAAUAAAGGUGAGGGGCGCAGGGGAGCAGUGUGGGGUGGGGGUGAGCAACAGAGUGCAGCUAGAAAGAGUGCAGCGGACAGGCAAGGGCCAGUGGAGUCAGCUCCUCCAACACUCGGCACGAGCACUGUCACGUGUGGAGGAAGGGAACAGCAGGUGGCUGCAGCAGAGGCACAGAGCAUCUCUCUAGACGUGCUUGUGUGUGACGACAACGCAGAGCAGCAGGUGCUGCUGGGACUUGAGCCUCUGCUGCUCUCCUGCCAUUCCGAUGCACCUGGUGUGGUCCGGCAGGUGGUCCACCUGGUGAAGCAGCAGGAGAGGCAGCAGCGGAAGCAGAAGGAGAGGAGUUGUGGCAGGGAGAGGAGGAGUAGUGGUGGCAGGGAUUGGAGUAGCAGUGGUGGAAGAAAGGGGAGCAGCGGAGGUGGACUGUUGUUUGCUGCACUGCCUGUGCUGCAUGCGUCAGUGGACGCAGUUCGAAUGGACCAUUUCUCUGCUCGGGUUGUGCAAUCGAAUGAACAAGGGGUUGGAGGGAGUAAAGCGGAUGAUUCAGCAGAAGAAGCAGCAGCAGCAGAGUGUUUGUGUACACCGGGGCACGCGGCCUUAUCGUCUGCAAGCGCUGCACAUGGAGCAUCAGCAGAAGCAGCAGAGUCCGGAGCUCCUUCUUACAUGGAGAGUCUCAGGCAGCUGUGUGCACAUGCACGGGUGGACGUGGAUGGGGUUCGGUUGUUUCUGCUCCACCCGGACGCCAGGAAAGGUUCUCUGGUGGCCAUCCGGAAUCUUGACACACGCCAGUACCUCACAGUCGAAGACUCACCCAGCCUUCCAGGAAGCUUCUGGCUGUCGUCUGUGGCGCAUUACAGCCUUGCGUCGAGCCACCGGGCGGUGUUUCUUGUCCAUUUCCCGGAGAGCCGCGGGUGGCGGGAAAAGCUCAAGCUGCAUCCCUUACCGUUCCUGCCGCACAGUUGGGAUUGGGGGAAGCAGUCAAGGGAAAUGCGCAACGGGCAGGAGCAAGAGAGACAGCAAGGGAGGCAGCAGCAGCAUGAAGGGUUGUGUUGGGAUGACACCCCCUUCUGGAGCAUUGCUCGAGAUGGAAAGAGUGCCGUUUCCCGCUGGUUCUGCCUUCAGUCUCCUUACACUGCUGAUGUUACAGGCACGGAGGCAGACACAGGGGCAGGAAGAGAGGCAGGCACUAGCACAGGUACUGCAGGCACAGGCAGGGGCGGCAGUCCAUGGCCAGAUGCAGACAGAAGCAGGGAAUCAGGCAUGCAAGAGCAAGAUGCUGUGCAGGCUCCAGUUCGCCGAGCGCUUUGCGUGCACUACGAGCCGAACUCGCCCGGUGGGCGCAUUGCGGUGAAGAACAGUAACGAGGGGUCGUGGGAGCAGUGGCGGCUGGUGGCAGAGGUG